AUGUAUAUGCACCUGCUUGUGUAUGGAUCAGGAGAAGGGAGAGUGGUGCAGUUUGUGGUCUGUAUUCUCGUCUUGUGUCAUUCCCACAUCUUUGACACUUUGUUGGUUUUUGCCUUUUUGCUUUGGCUGCUCUGGAAGUGGCGUGUGAACUCGUCACGGCAUGUUGAGGAAGAGGAGGUGAGGCGUGGGGAGUGGGGUGGUGAGGGCGGUUCAGUCAAAGGGAGUUCUCUCAGUUUUAUUUCAGUGGUCAGUAACUUUGUUGGGCAAGUUGAUGCGAGUGCGUGCGGGAGUGCGCGUACACUGUGA